AUUUGUUACAUUUGGUUACUUUAUUAGCCAUUCAAUAAAAUUUGUUAGUUCAAACCAUUAAAAAAUUUCACUUUAAUAUAUUCUUAUUGUUUAAUAUUUUUUAGUUUAUUGUUAAUAAAAAAAAUAUACUUUUAUUUAUCCAAUAAUCAGUAAAAGUUUGUUUUUUUAGACAGCUGUAAAAUAUAACCUGAAAACGUGUUAUCAAAUGCUAUAACUCAAAAGUAACAUGUUCAGAAGCAUUGAAGGAUUAUUAUUUUUUCGAAAUGCAUCUUCGCUCAAUAAAAGGAAAACUAGUAUUUUCAAUAGGAUUCUUUAUUGGAUUUAGUGGUGCUAUAUUAUUAGCUUUAAUUAGCAAUGAUUUCAAUUUUGCGGGAUGUAAAAAGAAAUCAUCAAAAUUAGAUGAUAGUGGAUAUUUAUCUGCUUCAAUUAAAGACAAAUGGAUAGCUCGAGGAAUCAAAUUUUCAAGUGAGAAGAAAAAAAGUGAUUAUCCUACACCAGCACUGUCAACACAUCAUCAACAGAUCCAAUAUGAGAAAUUGUUGCAAGACAGUAACAUGGUUGUUUCACCUAUUGAUUUAGAUUUUGAAAAUUAUCAACUGGACGAUGAUAACAAAACAUUUACACUUCGAGAAUCAGAUUGGUUGAAAACUAAAGUUGAUGUUUUAUGUGUUGUAUUUGUUAAAGAAGUAAAAUUAGCUCAGGCAAUUGAAGAUACAUGGAGUAAAAGAUGCAAUAAUAUUUAUUUUUUUGGCCAUAAACAUGAGGAUCAUAAUAUACCUAUUAUAAAAUUACCAGUGAACAUUACAUCAUCAUGGCAAAUGCUGUGUGAAACAAUGCACUAUAUUUGGAAAUCAUCAAAUGGAUCAUUACAGUGGACUAUUUUUAUUAGAGAUAAUAUGAUGGUGUUGCCAGAAAAUUUAAGAUAUCUAGUAGCACACUUAGAUCACAAUAAAGAUUAUUAUUUGGGUCAUCCAGUCAUUUGGUGGGGACAAAUUUAUAAUGUUGCUGAAGCAGGAUAUGUUUUAAGUAGAGGAGCUCUAAAAAAAAUAAUUGAUCAGUUUAAUUCUCAUGAAAAAUGUAGUGCUGGUGGAAAAUAUUGGAAAAAAGAGGAUUAUUAUCUAGGCAAACAUUUAGCAGCAUUAAAUAUUUAUCCAUCAGAUACAAGAGAUUAUAAAUUACGUGGUACAUUUCAUGGAUAUCCUUUGCAAACUCUUUUGUGGAGUGUUGCAAAAUUAGGAAAUUAUUUUACGCGAGCUGUAUACCCAACUGGUAGCUUUUGUUGCUCUCCAAGAUCUGUUUCUUAUAGUAUUAACGAAUCAGAUAAAAUCCAUACAAAUAAUUAUUUGCUUUACCAUCUGUAUGUUUAUAACAUACAAAGUGUCUAUGGUAAUAAAUUCGCUCCUACACCAAUACCUGAGCACGAGGUUUGGAAGCAAGCCUUGAAGGAUGAAUUUAACAUAACAAAUAUUAAAUUUAUGUCACCCGAACGUUAUUAUGCUAUUUGGCGUUUAAAAUAUUCAAUUCCAUCUCAAUUUAUUCAUGGAAACUACAAAAACAUUUCUCAAAUUAUAAAUGCUGUUUUAGCAUCCCACAAACCGUUCAAUAAAUUUGACAAUUAGUUUAUUACAUUGACACAAUUUUCAAGUAACAGUAUUAUUUUUAUAACAUGAAAGAAUUAGGAACUUAUUUGUACAAUUUUAACAAAUUUUUUUUAAA